AUGACCCUGCAGCCAUUAACUCCAGUGAACUGUGCAGGCCUGCUGCAGCCCGGCUGCUCGCUGCUGCAUCUGGAUGGGGAAGUUCUCCUGUUUGGCCAGAAGGGCUGGCCCAAGCGCUCGUGUCCCACAGGAGUAUUCGGGGUACGCAUCAAACGUGGCGAGCUGAAGUUGAGGCCCAUCUCCUUCGGCAAUGACUCCUGCUACCUCCCUCCGUUACGCUGUCCGGCCGUCUGCCGCCUCGACCCCUACGACGGCCUUCCAGAGAGUUAUCUCAUCCACGGUGGCCGCACGCCAAACAAUGAGAUCUCGUCAAGCUUGUACCUGCUGACCAUGGACAGUCGUGGCUGCAAUCGCAAGUUAACACUGCGCUGUAAAGAGAAAGAACUGGUGGCAGAAGUGCCGGGAGCCCGAUACGGCCACACACUGAGCGUGGUGCAAAGCCGUGGGAAGACGGCCUGCGUGCUGUUCGGGGGUCGGUCCUACAUGCCUGCAGGAGAGAGAACCACAGAGAGCUGGAACAGUGUUGUUGACUGCCCUCCUCAGGUGUUCCUGUUCGACCUGGAGUUUGGUUGCUCCUCUGCUCACACUUUGCCCGAGCUCGAUGAUGGGCAGUCCUUCCAUGUGGCCCUUUCCAGAGAAGACUGCGUCUACUUCAUCGGAGGUCACUCCCUGACAUCUGACUCGCGUCCACCUCGACUGUUUCGCCUGCGCGUUGAGCUUCUGCAGGGCAGCCCCUUGCUGUCCUGUGAGACCCUGGACACCGGUUUAUCCAUCUCUAGUGCCAUCAUCACCCGACCGGGUCCCUCUCACAAAUACAUCAUCUUAGGUGGAUAUCAGUCAGACUCUCAGAAGAGGAUGGAGUGCAGCACUGUGAUUCUGGAUGAGAAAGGGAUCCAGUUUGAACCCUUAGAACCACCCAGCUGGAUCCCAGAUAUCAUCCAUAGCCGUACCUGGUUUGGUGGCAGCACCAAGGAGGGAAGCAUCCUGCUGGGUGUACCGACGGAGGGAAGACCAUCCCAACAGGACACCCAUUACUUCUAUAAGGUGAGCUUCCAAACAGAGGGAGAGCGCAAAGAGGACGAAGAAACUCAGGCCUGCAGCCAGGAGUCGACGGAUUACGACAACUCCACUCCUCUUGAGGACUCUGAGGAGCUCUACUUUGGUCGUGAGCCGCACGAGCUGGAGGACAGCAGCGAGGGAGAAGAGGAUGCUUACAAUGAAGAUGACGAGGAGGAUGAAUCACGAACAGGCUACUGGAUCAAAUGCUGCCUGACCUGUCAGGUGGACAGCAACACGUGGGAGCCGUAUUACUCCACCGAGCUCCACCGGCCGGCCAUGAUCUUCUGUUCCAGAGGGGAAGAAGGACACUGGGUUCAUGCCCAGUGCAUGGAGCUGUCUGAGACGCUGCUGAUCAGACUCUCCGAGGGCAACCAAAAGUACUUCUGCCUGGACCACGGAGGUCUGCCCUACCAGGAGACGACCCCACCUCGACAGCUCAUGCCCCUGAAGCGCACCCCGAUGAAGGUGAAGGAAAGAAACACACCGCUGAGGCUCAAGAUGUCGCCAUCCAAGAAAAGCUUUUUCAGACGGCUCUUUGACUGAUUUCGAUGUGUGCAGAUGAUCACUGUUAAGGAUGCUUUGCAUGUUUGGGAUGUUUCUUGUUUAUAUUCAAUAAAUAAAUAAUGAAAAAAAACAAUCAUAAUAUGCUGACGUGUAAUCAAUGAGACGCAUUUUGCAAAUAACUGCAAUGUUUCAUGUCAGUCAGGUGCAUCUUCGUUAUUGUGAUUUUAUGUUGAUAUAAAAAUGCAGGGGUGUGAAAAUUGUUUCCAAUUUUGAUGCUGAUCAGUUGUAGAAGUAUUCUGUAUUUCCUUCCUAACACUUUCCUCAAAGGCCAAGUGGAGCAGAAUUG